AUGAGCGCCAUCAGAAGGUCUAUCACCCGUCCUGAGCCACUUGUUGUUGCUCCAGAGCCUCUUCCGUUGCGCGAGAGCAUCCCACGAGCUGAGACAGACGAGGUGUCAUUCCAUACACCUGCAUCCUCAUCAGAUCGCUCUCAAAUGCCUGAGCCAGCCAUCCCCCAGGAAGUCUUCCAUCUCCCAGCUCCUCCUGAAGGUGUAUGGGGGUCUAUUGAAGCAUUAGAGGCCUACAUCAAUGGGCACGCAUGUGCACAUGGCUAUGGACUUGCGCGCGCUAGCACCCAGGCAAAUGCUCGUUACUGGCGAUGUGCUUGCGGUAGAGCCUACAAUCCUCUAGAUGAGCCUUCUGAUCUCUCAAACGGAUGCAAGAGACGUACUAGGAUGGAAAAGUGCCCCUUCAGCAUUGCUGCUUACAGAGUCACAGAGAUAAGUGAUGCGCAAGGAGGUGAGUUAUCCAGUACGGCGCAUGUCUCUGUGCAGAAGCUUUUCUUGCGCGCUGUGACACUCAUCCUUGCUUUUUGCCGAUACGGCACCAGGCGCUGUACAAUUCAUACCCGGGCAAGCCAAUCCAUGGCAAUUCAGAGUACACCGCGCCUACCACUCACACCCGUCUGACGUCGAUGCAUAUGCCCUUCCCAAGUACCGCAGGCUCACUGAGACCAAAACAACACUCGUCUAUGCUCAGCAUUCACAAGGAAUGAUGCCUGGAAGAAUUCUUGACGGUCUUAAAUGGACAGACGUGCGCACCUCUUGUCUUCUGAAGCACACGGUUUGCAAUGCAAUUGUGAAAGAAGAGAAGCGGCUCCAGGACCUAGGGCCAGCUCGUGGACCACUUCAAAGACUGCUGUACGUGCUCACUGGCCAUGAAGAGGCCAUCCACAGCAUCAAUCGCGAAGAGACAGGUCAUCUCAGCGGCCUUUGGAUCACCAAUGAAGGCGCACUGGCUCUUGCUCUCAAGCAUCCGUCGGUGUAUUACAUGGACUGCACAUAUCAAACCAACACCUAUGGACUGCCUCUCUUCCACAUCGUCGGCAUCUCUACAACAAUGCAGACAUUCACAGCAGGCUACUGCUUUCUUGCUUCAGAGCAGCAGGCUGACUACAAAUGGGCACUGCGCCAGUUGCGCAUUGCUCUCGGCAAUCGCAGCCCCAUUACCAUCAUCACAGACCGAGAUUGUGCUCUUAUGAACGCCAUUGAAGAGGUCUUUCCAACGGCGCGGCACCUCUUCUGCCGUUGGCACAUCCAUCGUAAUCUGGAGACAAAUUGUAAGAAUCACCUCAGUACGGCGGACUGGGACGUUCUAGUGGCCGACUGGCAGCGAUGCGUAUACGCACCAACGCAUGAAGACUUUGAAGACGCAACGCUACAGAUCUUUGACCGAUGGAGGUGUCACCCACACAUCAGAGCCUUCAUCACAAGCACAUUAUGCUGGAAAGAGAGGUUUGUCGCCGCAUGGACGCAGCAGAUCUUGACGUUCUCUACAAGCGGUACCUCGCGGGUCGAGGGUGCGCAUGCACACCUAAAGAAGAACUGGUUGACUAGGAAGAAAGGCUCCCUCGUCUACGCCGUUGAGCAGAUGCUCAAGUGCCUCAAGAUGCAACAAGAUGAGAUCAAGGGCAAGAUCAACAUCGAUCUGCAGAACCAAAUGCAAGAGGUACGCAAUAACACGGCUUUUGCACCCGUCCGCAGACACAUUGGUCGCUAUGCCAUAGAGACGACAUGGACGCAAUGGGUCAAGGCUUUCAAUACAUCUCCGUCGCCUUGCGAGGUCUGCAACUGUGCUCACUGUGGAAGCUGGGGCCUGCCUUGCGCACAUCAAUGCGCAUUCAUCCAAAGGGAAGGGAGAACACUCGAAAUGGAAGAUUUCCACGUGCAUUGGUGGAACAAUGGCGCAGGAGUUGUCUUUGGCCCUGAACUACCGACCCUUCUUGAACCUCGACAACGUACGCAAGAGAGGACGCCUCGUACGGCCAGGACUGGUAGGUUCUUGUUGUCUUGGGAAGCAGAUGAGGUGCGACAAGUUCAGGGCAUCAUAGGCUUGCCAACGGAAGACGAUGACAACAUACAUCAGCAGACUCUCACCCCAUUGACAGCGCCUUCAACAGCAUCUCAGAAUGGGCCUUUCAGAGGCCCGUUCACUUGCUCAGGGAACAGUGGCAAUGUCAGAGUCAGUGUUGAUGUGAAUGGAGGCAAUGGAAGCUCUGGUACGGCCACAGCCGACGUACAAGGGGAAGAUCAACCCCCGCCGCCAGGGCAGCGCAGUACGGCGAUCAAUGCCAUAUCCCUCUUUCCUUUGGCUAACGCAAGAUUACGCAUUGGUACAGCACCUGGUGACGUACCGCCUAUCAGGAAUCCUAAUGAUGCGUCGCCUGAACCAUCUCCUUUUCCUGGUACGGCGCUACUCUCCGUAUCGCAAGAGGGUCGAUGGAACGCCACUCAACAAUCGGACUUAUCUGAGACAGUGAGGAGUUAUGACCUGAGUACGGCGGUGGACGCCGUAACUAAUGCAUCAUCACACCUAAUCAAUGCAUCUUAGUCACAAUGUACGGCAUCCACGGCCGUUCAGAGAGACAAGACUGUCAACCCAGCAGACUUGCUGCGGUUCGAUGCCAACGGUGCUCGUCUUGGACCUGACGGUCGUUGCGAUCGUCGAGAUGUGCUCACACCUGGUGGUCCUAGGCGUUCUCGACGUCUCCGAUGCACACGAUGUCAGCAAGAGGGGCAUAUGA